CAGAAACUCAGCACAAAGCCGACGCAGACUGACACACAGACAGCGACAGUGAGCUGGCGAGUGAACAGCGGCAGCAGACACUUGACACACUUCCUUAAACGCCACCGUGAACACUUUGGAAGAAGAACUUCCAGGUAACAAGCGACUUUUUUAAACACCAGAUUCGGCGGCGAACGCGGCGGAAGCGGAGGCGUAGGUGAGCGGUCACCAUGGCGCCCUUCCUGCGUAUCUCUCUCAAUGCUUACGACCUGGGCGUGCUGCCCUCUUCCCCCGACCCCCCCAUCUGUGCCGUCAAGAUGAAGGAGUCUGUCAACACAGAGCGAGGGAAGACCCUGGUCCAGAGGAAACCCACCAUGUAUCCAGAGUGGAAGGCCUGUUUUGAUGCUCAUAUCUAUGAGGGACGCGUGGUAGAAGUGGUCCUCAUGCAGAAGACUGAGGAGCCGCUGGCCAAGGCCACUGUGGGCGUGUCUGUACUGGCAGAGCGCUGUAAAAAGUCCAAAACGAAUGGAUGCACAGAGUUCUGGGUGGACCUCAUGCCUUCAGGGAGGAUCCAGAUGGCUGUACAAUUCUUCCUGGAGGACAGCGAUGCAGCUCCUCCGACGAAGCGAUCAGUGAAGGCCGUCCCCGAGGAUGGGGUCAUGACCCUGAACAGGAGGAGAGGAGCGUUCAAGCAGCCCAAGGUUCACCUCAUCAAGAACCACGAGUUCACCGCCACCUUCUUCGGUCAGCCCACUUUCUGCUCCGUCUGCAAAGAUUUCCUCUGGGGCCUCAACAAGCAAGGUUACAAGUGCAGACAAUGCAACGCUGCAAUCCACAAGAAAUGCAUUGAGAUGAUCAUCGGCAGAUGCACCGGCACGGCAGCCAAUAGCCGUGAGACCAUGUUCCAGAAGGAGCGCUUCAAAAUUGACAUGCCACAUCGCUUCAAGCACUACAACUACAAGAGCCCCACGUUCUGUGACCACUGUGGCAGCCUCCUGUGGGGUCUCUUCAGACAAGGCCUGAAAUGUGAAGACUGUGGCAUGAACGUGCACAGCAACUGUCAGACCAAAGUGGCCAAUCUGUGCGGAAUCAACCAGAAGCUGUUGGCAGAGGCUCUGUCUCAAAUCUCUCAGAAUUCCACGAAGAAGCCUGACAAUGCAGCAGAUAUUGGGAUCUACCAAGAUGUCCACAAACCAACAGUGGACCCUAGUGGUGGCAACAACAACGCGACUGAGGGUUCGACUCCGACCCCUGUGGCUCCUGUAGCCUCUAAGCUCCGCCUCAGCACGAACCACCUCGUGUUCCACAAGGUGCUGGGAAAAGGCAGCUUCGGCAAGGUGCUGCUGGCAGAGCUGAAGGGUCAAGGCCAGUUCUUUGCGGUGAAGGUUCUGAAGAAGGACGUGGUCCUCAUGGACGACGACGUGGAGUGCACCAUGGUGGAGAAGAGGGUGCUGUCGCUCGCUUGGGAGAAUCCCUUCCUCACGCACCUCUACUCCACGUUCCAGUCGAAAGAGCAUCUUUUCUUCGUCAUGGAGUACUUGAAUGGAGGAGACUUGAUGUUCCACAUCCAGGACAAAGGGCGCUUUGAUCUCAACAGAGCCACAUUUUAUGGUGCCGAGAUUAUAGUGGGGCUGCAGUUCCUCCACUCCAAAGGAAUCAUCUACAGAGAUUUGAAGCUGGACAACGUGAUGCUGGACAAGGAUGGACACAUAAAGAUAGCAGACUUCGGCAUGUGUAAAGAGAAGGUGUUUGGAGACGCCCGAGCAACGACGUUCUGUGGAACGCCCGACUAUAUCGCACCAGAGAUCCUGCUGGGACAGAAGUACACCUUCUCAGUGGACUGGUGGUCGUUUGGCGUGCUCGUGUACGAGAUGCUGAUCGGCCAGUCGCCGUUCCAAGGCGACGACGAGGACGAGCUGUUUGAGUCCAUCAGGACGGACACUCCUCACUAUCCUCGCUGGAUCACGAAGGAGGCUAAAAGUUUACUGGAACUGCUGUUCGAGCGAGACCCGACGCGCAGGUUGGGCGUCGUGGGUGACAUUCGAGCUCAUCCCUUCUUCAAAACCAUCAACUGGCAAACACUGGAGAAGAGAGAAGUGACUCCGCCUUUCAAGCCCAAAGUGAAAUCGGCCGGCGACUUCAGCAACUUUGACCGCGAGUUCCUGAGCGAGAAGCCCCGCCUCUCGCACGCCGACAAGAACCUCAUCGACUCCAUGGACCAGGCGGCGUUCGCCGGCUUCUCCUUCGUCAACCCCAAACUCGAAGGCCUGAUCAGCAAAUGAACAAAACACAAAUAAAAAUGGUUUCCCCCCCGAGGACACGCGGUCUUUGCCCCGGCUCGUCAAACGAAACCUUCCUGUGUCCUGCUGUCAGAUAGAGGAGGAAGAAGAAGGUGAAAAGAUCUGUGAUUCAUGCUGUUCCGUCUCUUUGAGGACGAGAUUUUGAAUUAUAAUGAUAAUGAUGUUUUACUGGUGUUGAAAAGAAUUUUAAAAAAGAGUAUAAAAAGCUACAGGAAAAUUAAGGGAGAUUUAAAAAAAAAAAAGGAAAUUAUAGAAAUUUUUAAUAAUGGACACUGGGGCGGGGUUCAUCAAUUAAACCUUCACUUUUUUCUUUAUUUUUUGUAUUUUUUUUACUUUUUAACCGUCAUUUUCUUUGUGAUCGUCACGUUUGGAAUUAGCUCUGAAAUUUGAAUGCACAAGCAAACGCUGGAGACUUUUAUUUUGUUAAGACAAACAAAUGCACACACGUGUGGGGAAAUCAUUUGUUUGUGUGUGUGUGUGUGUGUGUGUGUGUGUGUGUGUGUUUGUGCGUGAGUGUGUGUAGGUAUUUUCUUAAAUGCAAAAGAAGCUGCUGCUGCUGCGCUCGGUAACACUGUCUGCUCUACAAUGAAAAAUAAAGACGGUUUAAAUUAAAUGAGGGACAACGCGAUACCACUUUUAGUCGUGUCCUGAUACCGAUAUAAAGCCGAUAUCAGUACGAUAUUGGUCAUUUUAAACCUCAAAGUGUCAAAGACAUAAAUUUCCAGCUGUGUCACAAAGAAAUAUGUGGAAUUUUUCUUUAUUUUUUAUCUGCUUGAUAUCAGAUAUUGUGAUUGUGACCAGUAUCAGACCAAUACUGAUAACCGAUAAAAGUAUCGUAUUAAUCGCCUCAUCCCUAAUUUAAAUUCCACUUAAUUUAAGUGGACAUGGGUAAAAAAUGUGUUAACAGCGACCUCUAAUGUUUAAAACUGCAAUCUCCAUUACAUUGUACAGGAGGUGCAGGGGGAAAAAUCAAUACAGUGAACUAAAGCAAUUGUUUUAUUGAUGUUACAAAUAAACCUGAAACGUUUUUGGUGGAUUAGCAUAAAAAAAAAUCAGUUGACGUUUUAGUCCACUAGAUGGUGCCAAGUGCCCGCUCUCCCCAGAGCUCUUGUGUGAGGAAAUCGUAAGAUUGCGAUUACACACGAAAUACUCAUUCCCUUUGUAGUCAGUCAUCAGUCAGUCAUCAUCUACCGCUUUAUCCUCAACCAGAGGGUCGCGGGGGGUGCUGUGCCAAUCUCAGCUACAUCGGGCGAUAGGCGGGGUACACCCUGGACAGUUCGCCAGUCCAUCGCAGGGCACACACAGAUAGAGACAAACAACCAUUCACUCUCACACUCACUCCUAUGGUCAAUUUGGAGUGUUCAAUUUACCUAUCCCCACAUUGCAUGUUUUUGGACUGUGGGAGGAAGCCGGAGUACCCUGAGAGAACCCACGCACACACGGGGAGAACAUGCAAACUCCAUGCAGAAAGGCCCUUGUUCCAACCGGGGCUCGAUCCCGGGUCUUCUCGCUGCAAGGCGAGAGUGCUAACCACUACACCACCGUGUGGCCCCCCUUUGUAGUCAUAAUUCGUAAAUAUCCGCGGUCAGGGGGUGGAGUUCCCAAUUCAGAUUUCUAAUUUGGAAACUUUACCAUUAAAAGAACAUCUGAUGUUUAGGUUUUUUUUUUUUUUUUUACAGUAGAAAUGUUGCUAAACUGUUUGUGUGUGUUGUUAUCGCCUGGUAACGCUAACAGUGGCUAGCCCCAAGAUACGUACAAGUUCACGUUUUUUUCCGACAUCUCAGCUAGAACGCAGGGUGAGUUUUUAAUGUGAGACUAAACUCUACCGUUGUUAUUAAAUCAAACUAGUAUUUCAGUUUACUGUCAAUUUCCGAAAUGUUUGUUUCUUUUGUUUCUUCUCUUUUCCGACUCUUGUUUCUCGUCUCGUUCCUUCAAAAGCCUCUUAAGGUAUUUGUUUGUCUGUUUGUUUUUUAGCACACGUUUUCCCUCGUGACGGUUACAUUUUUUACGUGCCAUUGAUGUCGAACCUGGCGCUGCACAAACCAGAACCGUUGUAGCAGUAGUUUGGUACUCGACCUUGUUUCUGUAGGUUUAAUGAAGGAUGUUAUUUUGUGUUAGGGAGGAAUUGAUGUUUGUUGUCUUUUGUUGUGUUUUUUUUUUUUUACAGGAAACAGGGUUUUUGUUUGUUUUUGUCUCAUAAUGUACUGCAUUACUUGAACGUAGGAAUUAAUUCUUCACGUGGAAAUAAUCGCGCUGUCUAAUGUAAAGCUAACCUGUAACCAUGGUGUACGUUAUUAUUAUUUCCUCUUCUUUUACAUCUGAUUAUGAAUGAAUAAAUUAUAAACUCCACUUUUA